GUAGAAAAUUUGAAUCGUUGAUGAGAAACUUCAUCUUAUUCCGAAGAAAAUCGAUUGAAGAAUAAAGUAUGGGCAUGAACACAGGUCUGGUGAUUGCCGGUGUGGCUGGCGCAACGGCGCUCGCCAUCUCGGCGGCCGCAAUUCCGUUCGUGGCGCCCGCUCUGCGACGCGUCUGCAUUCCGUACGUCCCAGCAACGACGGAGCAGCUCGCGAACGUCUCCCGCGCACUUUCACUCGCCACGAGCAGCAACAGCAACAAGAAGGGAACGCUCAUUGAUUUAGGCUCCGGCGAUGGCCGUGUUGUGCUUCAAUGUGCCAGGGAAGGGUUCAACAGCACGGGAGUGGAACUGAAUUCGAUCCUCGUCGCCUAUUCAAAAUACCGUUCAAUAAGGGAGGGAUUGGGCAAAGAAACUAGAUUUAUGCGCAAGAAUAUCUUCAAAACUGAUCUCAAUCCAUAUCAAACCGCAGUUAUCUUUGGAGCCGAGAGUUUAAUGGGUGAUUUGGUUCCAAAACUCAGUGAAAUGCGAUCAAACACAAAUCUUCUUGCGUGUCGAUUCCCGUUACCAGAGAAUGAUGCAUGGAAAUUGGAGCAUCAAAUCGGAGAAGGAAUCGACGCUGUUUGGGUCUACAAGAGAAACUGAAGGGAUCUGAUAAGCCAUUUGUGACGAAGUAUAAUAAUUUUUAGUUCUUUUUUUUUAAUUUUUAGAUUUUUCGCUCAAUUUUGUUGUCUGUCGUCCUUUUCUUUAAAUCUAAAUUUUCAU